UUCAGAGCAAACUAAACUUGUACGUUGAGUUGUUUGUGUCCCUGAAUCUGUGUGAACAUAAAAUGGCAGAAAGCAGUUUUUCUCAGGAUCAGUUCAGCUGUUUAUUGUGUCAGGACAUAUUGAAGGAUCCAGUGACCUUUCCUUGUGGACACAGUUACUGUAAGAGCUGUAUUACACAUUGCUGGAAUGAUGAGACGAAAGGCUUCAUCUGCUCUAGCUGUACCUUCACUUCAAGACCUGCUUUGGGUAAGAAUGUGAUAUUUGAACAUGUUGUAGGGAAACUGAAAUCACAAAUCUUCUCUGCUCAUCCUGCUCACUGUAAUACUCAAUCUUUAGAUGUGGACUGUGAUGUCUGUCCUGGUAGAAAAGACAAAGCUGUCAAGUCCUGCAUGGAGUGUCUGAAGUCUUUCUGUCAAAAUCACCUUAAACAACAUGAAAGUAUUUUCAAAACAAACAAGCACAAUCUGAUGGAUCCAAACGGACGACUCAAUGAGAUGAUCUGCCCAAAACAUAAAAAACCUCUGGAAAUCUUCUGCCGUACCGACCAGCAAUGUAUUUGUUAUCCGUGUACAGUGGAAGGACAUAAAAAUCAUGAAUUUGUAACAGUUCAAGCAGAGAGGACUGAGAAACAGAGGCAUUUGGGAGGGACACAAAGGAAUUUCCAGCAGAGAAUUCAGGAAAGAGAGAAGGACCUUCAGGAGCUGAGAGAGGCUGUGGAGUCUUAUAAGUGCUCUGCACAGACAGCGGUGAAAAGCUUUGAAAGAACCUCUACUGAGCUGAUUCAAUUAAUUAAAAAAACCCGCUCUGAGGUGACACAGCUGAUCAGAGAGCAGGAAAGGGCUGUAAUGAGUCGAGCUGACAGAUUCUUAAAGGAACUGGAGCAGGAGAUUGAUGAUCUGAGGAAGAGAAACGCUGAACUAGAGAAGCUUUCUUACACCAAGGAUCUCAUUAGUUUCCUGCAGAGUUUCCAGUCAGUCUCUGAAGCUCCUGAAUCUACAGUCUCACACAACAUCACUGUCAGCCCUCUGCUCUCUUUUGGUGAUGUGAUAAAAUCUCUCUCUCAAUUGAAAGAAAAACUGGAGAAUUCCUGCAAAGAAGAGAUAGAAAAGAUAUCUGAUAAAGUUGCAUACAUCACAUUUAUUCGCACCAAUAAACCAAAGGCCAGGAGUGAGUUUUUACAAUAUUAUAGUGCGUUCACAUUGGAUUCAAACACAGUGAAUCCUUAUCUCCGUCUGUCAGAUGAGAAUAGUGUGGCCAUUGACGCCGAUACAUACCAGCAGUAUCCUCCUCAUCCAGAGAGAUUUGAAUACUGCGCUCAGGUAUUGUGUAAAGAGAGUGUGAGCGGACGCUGUUACUGGGAGGUUGAGUGGACGGGGAAUGCUGGUGUGUAUAUAUCAAUGGCAUAUAAAACCAUCAGCAGGAAGAGUGAUGAAGAAGAAAGUUUAUUUGGACAUAAUAAUCAGUCCUGGGGUGUGUACUGCCGUCCCUCCAGUUCUUACCCCCCUUCAUCCAUCCAUCAAUUAUCUAUACUGGAUUCCAAUAAAAGAGCGGCCAGUGUAAAUACUGGAGUCAAUUGUGGAAUUCAGGCUUUAGUCAGGCAACCACCAUUAAUAUUCGGACAGUCCAUGGCUUUGGCGAAGAGUAGAAGGACUGAAAUUCCUGUGUCCUCCAACUGCCCUAGAAUAGGAGUGUAUGUGGAUCACGGAGCAGGAACUCUGUCCUUCUACAGCGUCUCUGACACAAUGAGCCUCAUCCACAGAGUUCAGACCACAUUCACUCAACCUCUCUAUCCCGGGUUUACUGUAUAUAAAGGAUCGGCAGUGAAGUUGUGUCAUCUCACAAAACUUGUCAUAUAGACCCCUUCGCAAUUUAUAAACAUUGGUCCAGAAGCACUUCUGGUAUAUACAGUAUAUAUAUAUUUAUCUUAAAAAUAUUUUAUGCAGUUUGGUUAGGAAGUUUUUCUGGACCACCGCUGUUAACAUCAUACGAAGUGGUCUAUAGGGAUUUUACAAAUAAUACUAAUGUAUUCACAGUCAUAGUAACAGAUUAGAAAUGGUUGAGCACUGUAAAGUAACAUAGGGUUAAUUUACUGUUUUGAGUUUAUUAGAUUUUUCUCAGAUUUGUAUCUAUUAAAUAACAUCUGCUUCUUCAUUGAAGUAUUUCUCCUUUCAGGAAAACCAUCUAGUAAGGGUUUCAUGCUAAUAUAAAUUGUAUGUAAAGAUAUAUCAUGGAAUGAUGUCUGUUUAAUCAUAUUGCUUGUGUUGUAACCAUGGCUGCUUUCAACAUGUGUUAAAAAAAAUUAUUUUGUUUUAAUGCCUUUACAUUUUUUAUUCUGUUUUAUUAAAUUAAACGCUUAAAGUUCAUUCAUUAGAUAAAAGUGCAACUGUUGGAGUUAGGUUAUUGUAAAUAGUUUGACUCAUGAUCUGAUUGUAUUCAUACAUCUCUAUUAUAGUUACUGUAGGCCAGGGGUUGAGCCGCGUGUGGCUCUUCUACCCCCCUUCUUGGCUCAUUGCCGUCUUAAUUAAAUAAUUCAUAAUUGGGAAGGAAGCACGCACCAAAUAAAUGUAAAAAACUUUAAGUCUUAAGACAGCCACGAGGGUAUACCAACUCUAUAUUUAAAACAUAUAAAGCCGUUCUCAUUGAUAUAUUUUCAGUUUCUGUUGUCAAUUCAUGAAGCGACAUCAUCUAACAACACACUAUAAAAAGCGGUGAUUUCGGUUACAUGUUUUUUCACACAGCCUCAUGGUGACCAUGUGCAUAUUUACAGACGAAAUAUGUUCAUAUUUAUAUAUCCAAACAGUCGAUAACAGUGAGAGAUUGUUGGAAAAGCUGUACUCAUUUUAUUCAUGAGUCACUUGUGCGUACCCUGCUUCUUCCUGCCGCUAAAUUACGCCAAGAGAAGGGAUCCCUGUGACGGGAAAUAGAGACCUCGCGAUACUUUACUAAUUGCCAUUUAUAAACUGCAUUUUACUUGUGUUUGAACCGUCGAACCCGUUGUUACGCAAGAAGCUGGGCGAGUAGAAUCUUUCUACUUAAAAAAAUAUGUAUAAAUUUAGCUUUAUCUUUUGUCACCUCGCGUUGCCACUGCUUUGAAAUUCAUGUUUUUUUUCUAUGCAUAAAGGAAAUGAAUGAUAAUGUGACUCAUGUUUAGAAGUUGAUUUUUGGAUAUCUUGUUUUUGGUUAGUUUUACAUUCAUGUAUGUAAAUUUAAGAUGUUGUUAUUAUUGUAGUCAUUUUUAUUUUGACCAUAUACAAUGUGUUGUGAAAUAAA